AUCCUUCUUCUCAGUCUGCAUGUCUCUGGAGCUGAACAUGUCCAGUCUCACCACAGUUUCAACAACUGUAGCAAAAUUAGACUGAUGGAUUAAUGAUUUUUUUUUCAGGAAAGCUAAAAAUAACAGUGAUUUCUGAGUAGUGGGCACGUGUGCAAAAGAAGUAAGUGUAGCCUAGGACCUGUUUCUAGAAGAGAACACAGGCCCUCGGAAUGCAUACACACUUUAAAGAUGGUUCUGUUUGGCUGGUUCACUUUCCAGAGUGAAUGUGCCCACUUCCGCCCCUGGGAGCACAUGUGGGAACUGAGCACAUGUGGAAUCGAGCACACGUGGAACCAAGCAUGUUUUCUAAGCAGCAUGUAGAAAGCGAAGUGAUCUGGAAUCAGCGGGAGUCACUUUGCGGGUGUUACAGUUGGAAAGGGAGCUGCUGUCUAGAAAACAGAUUGAGGAGUUUCGGUGCAUGGUUCCUCGGGACAGUGAGGGAUGGCUUUUCUCACAUUCAAAUGGAAAUAUUCAAGGAAAACAUGCACUGAAGGAAAUGGUUUGCCAAACUCUGCUGCAAGCUAGCUAGCCAACGAGCUUCUGCUCUAUUCUUUUGUCUCCGCUUCCCGUCUCAGGCUGAGUGCCAAGGUUGCCGGUGCACGUUGUCCUGGGCCUGUGCAGCCGGUGCUUCGCCACUGUGCCACCUUCCAGCCCCUGUUCUCUUAAACAGAAUCUAAGACGGACCUCAAACCUGCAGAAGCAAUGUGGCUAAGAUCUGUGAGGUUCCGUUCCCCCCUCAUGGGAAAACCAUAUUGUGCAGCUGUCUGUCCUUCCUCCCUCCCUCUCUUCGUUCCUUCCUUUUGUAACAAAACUAACAUUUAUUCAUGGCAAGAAUUCCAUCCAAUUUCUUACUGAAGCCUCUUCGCCUUUCCUCCGUCAUCGUGCGCUGUCUGCCCCCCUCACCUUCUCGCCAUGUCUUCUCACAAGGCUUUAAGAAUCAAGCAAUUCUUGGCCAAGAAACAAAAGCAAAAUCGUCCUAUUCCUCAGUGGAUUCGGAUGAAAACUGGCAACAAAAUAAGGUACAACUCCAAGAGAAGACACUGGAGAAAAACGAAGCUGGGUCUGUAAGGAGUCAACAAUGGCGAGACAGUCUACGCUGAAUCGUGGUCCUGGAUGAGUGAUAAGAUGGAGUUCAACAUUUUCAACAUGAUCAUGUUUAAGUUGGGAGUGGGUUCUCCAGUAAUAAAAUGUAGAGCCUUUCAAAAAAAAAAAUUCUUACUGAAAAUCUGCAGAUGAAUUUAUAAUAAUGUCAGAUUUAGAGCUUUAUUUUUACAUUGUACAUAAUAAAAGAUGUGUGUCUUUAGCAGUGCUGUUCUGCAUCAGCGCAAGUCGGUGUAUACGGUGCAG